GGAGGACGCGAUUCUCCCAAAUGACGGGUGCUUUGAUAAUUUACAAGCUUUUUAGCCUCCCUUGACUAAACGGAGAGAGAACCGGGAGGAAGGGAGUGGGAGUGUGGGUUGGCGGAGCCGAGAGACUUGUGAAUGGCUGAAACUAAAUUCAAGUUUGUAACCUGGACUGUAUCCCGUGACUAAAGAGGUCAUCGCAGAACAAGCAUGCUGGGCUUUUGGUCUAAGAAAGAAUACUAGGAGGAAAAAAAAAAGUUAUUUUCACGGAAGUUGUUUUCGACAGAUAAAGCUUGAUCAGGACUCUGAAAUUUUUCCAGCUCUGGGCGGAGAAGGACACUUGGGGAGCACAGGGAUUGUCUCCAAAGUUAACAGGGGAAGGAAGGCCACCGGCUGCCUUUAAGAGUGAAACUUUGCGAUGCUUAUCUAUUUCACUUUGGGGAAGACGGGAUAAAAGGCUGCUCUUGAUAAAAACAGGGAAAGAAAGGCUCUUGCAGUUGCUUUACAUACCUGUGGCCUGGGUCGUUUGUGUCAAGGGGACUGUAAUCCACUUCCAGCUGACGCCCCCAACUCUCUCCGAAGGAUUAAGACUCUCCAGAAAGUGCAACAGUAAUGGAGUACAUGAGCACUGGAAGUGACAAUAAAGAAGAGAUUGAUUUAUUAAUUAAACACUUAAAUGUGUCCGAUGUAAUAGACAUUAUGGAAAACCUUUAUGCAAGUGAAGAGCCAGCAGUUUAUGAACCCAGUCUAAUGACCGUGUGUCAAGACAGCAAUCAAAAUGAUGAGCGUUCUGAGUCUCUGCUGCUUAGUGGCAAAGAGGUACCAUGGUUGUCAUCAGUCAGAUACGGAACUGUGGAGGAUUUGCUUGCUUUUGCAAACCAUAUAUCCAACACUGCAAAGCGUUUUUAUGGACAGCGACCACAAGAAUCUGGAAUUUUAUUAAACAUGGUCAUCACUCCCCAAAAUGGACGUUACCAAAUAGAUUCCGAUGUUCUCCUGAUCCCUUGGAAACUGACUUACAGGAAUAUUGGUUCUGAUUUUAUUCCUCGGGGAGCCUUUGGAAAGGUAUACUUGGCACAAGACAUAAAGACAAAGAAAAGAAUGGCGUGUAAACUGAUCCCAGUAGAUCAAUUUAAGCCAUCUGAUGUGGAAAUCCAGGCGUGCUUCCGGCAUGAGAACAUUGCUGAGUUGUACGGCGCGGUCCUGUGGGGUGAAACUGUCCAUCUCUUUAUGGAAGCAGGCGAGGGAGGGUCUGUUCUGGAGAAACUGGAGAGCUGUGGACCAAUGAGAGAAUUUGAAAUUAUUUGGGUGACAAAGCAUGUUCUCAAGGGACUUGAUUUUCUACACUCAAAGAAAGUGAUCCAUCAUGAUAUUAAACCAAGCAACAUUGUUUUCAUGUCUACAAAAGCUGUUUUGGUGGAUUUUGGCCUAAGCGUUCAAAUGACUGAAGAUGUCUAUUUUCCCAAGGACCUCCGAGGAACAGAGAUUUACAUGAGUCCGGAGGUCAUCCUAUGCAGGGGCCAUUCAACAAAAGCAGACAUCUACAGCCUGGGGGCCACGCUCAUCCACAUGCAGACGGGCACCCCGCCCUGGGUGAAGCGCUACCCUCGCUCAGCCUAUCCCUCCUACCUGUACAUAAUCCACAAGCAAGCGCCUCCACUGGAAGACAUCGCAGAUGACUGUAGUCCAGUGAUGAGAGAGCUGAUAGAAGCUGCCCUGGAGAGAAACCCCAAUCACCGCCCAAGAGCCGGAGACCUGCUAAAACACGAGGCCCUGAACCCGCCCAGAGAGGAUCAGCCUCGUUGCCAGAGUCUGGACUCUGCUCUCUUUGAGCGCAAGAGGCUGCUGAGUAGGAAGGAGCUGGAACUUCCUGAGAACAUUGCUGAUUCUUCAUGCACGGGAAGCACCGAGGAGUCUGAGAUGCUCAAGCGACAGCGCUCUCUCUACAUAGACCUUGGCGCUCUGGCCGGCUACUUCAAUCUUGUUCGUGGGCCACCAACUCUUGAAUAUGGCUGAAGGACGACAUGUUUCUCUAAAUUAAGACAGCAUUUAUCUCCUGGAGGCUGGUUCUGCCGCCUCCACACAGGGACCCUGUAUAGUGAAUUGUACCAUUUUUGAAGGAGCAGCGUGACCUCCCGUGACCCACGAAUGUACCUCCAAGUGGCCCCUGUGUGUUUGACUCGUGAAGCUAUCUGGUGUGCACCAGGCCUCAAGGUUCUCAUUUCUCAGGUGAUGUUAUUCCAAGGAAGGAGUUUGCACGUUCACAGAAGAGUCGUGUCUGCUGACUGUUUCAUUCGCUGUGCACUUUGCUCAAAAUUCUAAACAUGCCAGUCACAGGGAUAAUAGGGUACCUGAAAAUUACUAUUCUCGUUUCUUAUUUAAGUAUGGAAUCUUCAUUUUACUUGGAAUAGUUGUGUUGUGUAUAUUGAUGUAUAUAACUCUUUGAGCCUUUAUUGGUAAAUUCUAGUAUACAUUGAAUUCAUUAUAAUUUGGGUGACUAGAACAACUUGAAUAUUGUAGCAAUAAGCUGGACUAGUGUCUUAAAAAUGGCUAAGAUGAAUUAGAAGCCAUCUGAGGGCAGGCCACUAGUGACAGUUUCUUUUAUGUUCCUAUGGAAACAUUGUGUACUGUACAUGCUAUGCUUAAGACAUUCAAAACACGUUGUUCUGAAUGUGGAUAAAACUGUGUAAACCACAUUAUUUUGGUACAUCCCAAAGGAUGAGAAUGUGACCUUUAAGAAAAAUGAAAACUUUUGUGAAUUAUUGAUGAUGCUCCUUUUGUAAUUCUUCUGACUCAAUUUUCUUUUAAGCAUUUGUACAUUAAAAUAGCAUACUGUGUAUGUUUUAUAUCAAAUGCCUUCAUGAAUCUCUCAUAUAUAUUUGUAACAUUGUAAAGUAUGCAAGUAGUUUUACUUAAAGUAUGUUUUUAUAUUAUGCAAAUAAAACCCUUUUGUCCAAUGUGAUUGGUCAAAUCAACUGAAUAAAUUCAGUAUUUUGCCUUA